CCUUAAAUAGCGAUGCAUACACACACAUGACACAUCCAUAUUCAUUUCUUGUUAUGAAAAAAUCAGGAGGAGGAGCCAUCAUGAAGGGUUACGAGCCACGUUCAAGUUCUUCUUGUGCCGCCUGCAAAUUUUUGAAGAGAAGGUGCAUCCCUAACUGCAUAUUCGCCCCUUACUUUCGCUCCGACGAGUGCAAGAAAUUCGCCAAAGUUCACAAGGUCUUCGGUGCCAGCAAUGUCAGCAAGAUCCUCGUCGAGGUCCCCGAGGACCAGCGGGAAGACACCGUCAACUCCCUCGCCUACGAGGCCGAGGCCCGCCUCCGCGACCCUGUUUACGGCUGCAUUGGCGCCAUUGCUCUCCUCCAGAGGAAAAUGCUCGAGCUUCAGCACGAUCUCGCCAUUGCCAAGGAUCGUCUUGCUCGCUAUUCUGCUGUUGCUGCUACUGCUACUGCUGAUGCUACUUCUCUUAUUACUUCUUCCUCUUCUUCCUCCGAUAACAUCUUUCAUUUCAAUCAUUCUCAAGUUUCCUUGCCUCCUUUCCCUGAAUUCCCUUCUUCCUCUGAUUUCAAUGACACUGCUGCUUUCUGCCACGCCUCUUCUUCUUCCUCUCAAUCCUUUCCCACCACUGUAGUCGACGAUUUCAUUCAAAUUCCAUAUAUAUUUUAGAUGUUUUCGAUCUUCAA